AUGAAGUUGAUCCGAGUGGUGACCAGCUCUGUGAAGAUCCAGGGAUCUCUGUCCAUCGUGUGUGUUGUGCUCUUCUACCUGGGUAUGAUCACCCUGAAGGUGCUGAACAGUAUUGUGUUGUUGGGGAAAUCCUGUAUGUAUGUGAAAGAGGCCAAUAUGGAGGAGAAGCUGUUUCGGAAUCCUCCCUCUGCAGCUCCCAGCAGAGCGUCUAGCAGAGCCCACCGAACCAAACACACACGAGAACCAGCAGGUGAGCCAGCGGAGGAGGGCUUGUCUGCAUCAGUCACCACUCAGCCCAGCCAAAGUGACGAAUGCCCCGCCCCUCAGCUCCCCACCAGCCUAUCAGAUCAGUUCCUCACUACACCAGAUGAAUCAGAAGAGAAAAGCCUUAUUCAGGACGAUACCGAACUUAAACACAAGGCGCCCAAAAAAGACUUGCUGGAGAUUGACCGCUUUACUAUCUGCGGUAACCGUAUCGACUGACAUUGAUAUGCACCUUCAUGUGUAAGAGUGACGCCAAGUAUGCACUGAAAUGCCCGCCCUCUCUGCUAGCUUGAUUUUGUUUGACAUUUGAGCUCGUUGGAUUGGGACAGCGAGAAACUGCAGGAUAUUUAUUAAUAAGUGAUGCACCUAAUUUAUUUAAGACUUAAACACAGACAGUCACACACAGUUUUACCCAUCUGGAAUCCACCCAGUGAAGUUUUCAAGAGGCUCGAGAUCACCAGCGGAGGUCACCUUUGGACGGCGGGGGAGAUCUUGGUCCGAUGGUCACUGUGCUUACCUUUCAAAGGAGGCAUCAAAUGAAGAAAAUGAGAAAAGGGAUGCAUUAUAUUCCUAAAUGACAGAUUCUGAAGAUUCCAUACAUGUGUGGAACAAAAUAGGAUGCAAAUACUCCAAAAAUGUAAUAUGCAGUGCUCCAAAACAAAUGUCAAAAAUUCUUACGUUUAGUAAUUUGCAAGUGUCCCUUCAUCUACAAUUCUCAAAUUCCCUCAAAGACUUUUAGUUUGUCAUAUCACCAUGUUCAUUGUCAGUCAGAUGUGUUACGCAGAUUAUUAUUUUUUUGUAUCUUUGAGACAGCAGGCUAAAAUACCGUAUCACAUGUUUAAUUAUUUAUAUUUUUAAGACAGUUGCUCAUUUAUGACUGAAUGACUAAAUUUCAGUUUAAAGACAGGGUUACCAAUGGCAAAAAAAAAAUAAAAAUGUUUUGCAUCGUUUGAGGUAAUGACCUUUUAAAAGGCCAUUGUGAGUAAGUGAUACUGCGAUGAGACGCAUGCCUGUGAUAUUUGGAUUGAUUUAAGCACUGCAUCUGAAUGAAAGGAUCGUUGAUUAAUGCAAGAUAGUCGCAUGGAAUCAGAAAACCGAAUCAACUUCAGUAGCGUAAUGUGUUUUGUUAAAAUGAAGGAAUUAAAUAUUUUCCAUUUAAGGAUGGAAAGUCUGUUUUUUUUCCUCUCAAGCGUUUAUUGCACAGAGAGUAGCGUAUCAGUUGAACGAUCAUACAUUGAUGCUGAUGCUAAAUAGUUAAUUACCAACAUUCCAAACGUCAGAAUCUUGACCAAAGCAAAGCUGAAUUUACAGCCUUUUGCUAAUAUCUUGGGUGUAUAUAUAAAAAAAAAAAAAGGCCUGUUGACCCCAAAUAAACAGUUUUUAUAGGUCAAUGAGUAUCAGAGUCCAGUAAUGUAAGAUAUGAGUCAACGUUUCAGAAUAACCAAUUUAUCAGUUAACGGUCACAUCUGUGAAUGUCCAUGAUCAGUAAUAUAUGCCCAUGCAUCAUGUAUAGUGCGUUAUCAUCAUAGACAAUAAUUCUUUGUACAUUUGAUUUGCAUAACAGACCACACUGUCUUAAAAAAUGUACUUUGUAAACCACUAAUGUCUCUUUGUAGUGCUGGAUGUCAGAAUUUAAGUUUUUGUUUUCUUUCUCUCAGUAAUGACAACUUGUUUUGUUUUUCUGUUUAUUGUUUAUUUUUGACUGCUUUUGGAAUUUGUAUUUCUUGUAUUACAAAUGUGUGGCUAUAAUGGCUUUGCUUUGUAAUAUCAUCAUCAUGGUGACCAUGGUGGCAUGGUCGUAUUGUGUAAGGUGCUCAGUUUUUUUCAAAAACAAAAGGUCGUUUGAUUUUAAUUAUCAUUUAGGAAGAUUAUCACGUGAAAAUAUCAACUAUGCCAAGGAAUUGUUUACCCUCAGUUAUCAAACUAAUGCAAACUCACAUUUUUCAAAACCUUUUUCAGAAGCAUUCACUUGACUUAAACUGCCAAAAUGAUAUCAGCGAGCAUUUCUCACUGUUUUUACAUUCGAAGCACUGAUGUUAGAAAUACUUCUGCUUCGUUUUGAAAGAAAGAGAGCAUUUUAAGCAAAUGUUUGGUUCUGUUGUGCUUCUCAGUGUAACUGCCUGUGCUUUCCCGGAGGUUCAGUCACCUUUUGGCUCUUGAAAUAAGGCUGAAGUUUGGCUGUGCUGGAUAUGGAUCAGUACUGCUUGAUUGAACCUUUCUAAUUCAUACUCGUAUCCAUUUAUUUGGAAAAACAUUCAGAUCCAGCCAUCCCGUUCUUUCCACACUGCUGGACUUCACUGCUGUUUUCUCUCACUGGUCAAUAUCAGUUUGUUGUUUUCGGUGUGUUUUUGUACCCAUAUCGGCUUCAGCCUGUAGAAACUGAAGAGGAAUGACGAUGUCAAAUCCCUUGUGUGGGAUGUUUCAGAGACAGAAUUGGGGAGAGGAAUCAGGGCAUUGUGUUAAUUAAAGUUUUGUUGUUUUGUA